UUAAUUCUUCUCUGCAGUUAUUCAGUGAGUGCUUUAAGUUGUGGAGUAUGCGAUAAGUCAAGAUGUCCGGAUGAGCCGACAAAUUGUCUCGGAGGAGUUACUAAUGGAAGUUGUGGGUGCUGUAAAGUUUGUGCUAAAUUAGUUAACGAAAGUUGUGGUGGAAAUUUCGGACUUCUAGGCAAAUGUGCAGACAAUUUACGAUGUUAUAUUUCCCCAAAAGUUGGACAGUCAAUUACGGGGAGAGAGGAAGGUAUUUGUAAAGAACCAAAUGAUGAUUUUACCAAAGUUUUGAUUCCUUCCGAAGAACUCACAACAACAGAACCUCCGAGAAAUUUAGUGGAUCCAGUUCCGGUGGACACCAAACUAGUGGAUAAGGUUGCCGUGGAUACUGUACUAGUAGAGUCGUCUGCCAAUAAAACAAACUGUACAAGCAAUGACUGUGAUAACCUUGAUAUUACUAUUAAAUGCCCUCCAGAUUCUAAACCUAUACAAAAUUCCACAUCUUUAGACGAAAGAAUAAAAUGUCAGUGUCGACCAGUAGCGUGUAAAAAGACGACAUGUAGCCCUGGAUUUUAUCCUGCUGUAUUAACCAAAGGUCUUGGAAUACCAGGCUCCUGUUGUGAUGAGGUGGUGUGUAAAAGAUCAGCACCAUGUAGAUCUGUGAUAUGUCCUGCUUUAGAAACUAAAACUUGUCCUGAUGACAGUUAUCCUUUACCUAAUAUAUUAACAGAAGAUGACUGUUGUUAUAUUCAACAAGGUUGUAAAUGUAAAUCAGAAGAUAACUGCCCUGCAGUAAAUUGUCCAGUUGGAUAUCAGAUACAAGUAAUCUCUAAAGCUACAGGACUACCUUCAUCGUGUUGUGACAAAUUCCAGUGUGUUAAUGACACUGGAUUAACUUGUAGUUAUAAUGGUGUAGAAUAUAGUGAUGGACAGAGCUGGCAACUUGAUAAAUGUACCACUUGUACCUGUAAAGAUAGUUUAACAUUCUGUAAAACUAAAACAUGUAACCCGACAUUAUGUGGUUGGAUGGUCAUUCCUGAUGGUGAAUGUUGUCCUGUUUGUAGAGGUAAGUUCACAUUUUGUUACUAUCCUGUUAUUGAAUUGAUCUAUUUUACAGGUUGUGUAUCUGAAUCUGGUCAAUUAUAUAAUAAUACAGAAGUUUGGAAAGAAAAUAGUUGUGUUUCCUGUCAUUGUGAUAUGGGUCAUGUGUUGUGCCAGGCUGAGAUGUGUGCUGUCCAAUGUGCUAAACCCCGACAAGUACCAGGCCAGUGUUGUCCAGUUUGUGAUGAUGAAAGCUUGAUCUAUCCACCACGAUUAUGUUCUGAUACAGACAACUGUAGUUUAGAUUGUCCUCAUGGUCUCCAAAAAACUGAUGAGGGAUGUUUUCUGUGUCAGUGUAAACAAGUUCCACUUUAUGCCCAAAAACGUCUCUUAAAUUCGAUUUUUCUUUCAGAAAUUUGUACAAUAGAGUGUAAAUAUGGAAAGAAAUUAAAUGAAAAAAGUGUCGAAAUUUGUGAAUGUAUAGAACUUUCAAAACAUUGUCCAUCCAUGGAUAAUUGUGAAAAACAGUGUACUUAUGGUUUUCGUAAAACACGUAAUGGAUGUUUAAAAUGUCGGUGUAAUCGCUGUCCGCCAUUUAAUUGUACCAAACGCUGUGUACAUGGAUAUAUUUAUAAUGAUCAGGGCUGUCAACUCUGUAAAUGUACAGCACCAGUCUUACCCACUUUACCCCCAUUAUUUGAAAAUGGUACUUGGGGUGAGGAAGGACAAGCUUGUAUGUCUCAAUCUGGUCAACGUCAUGAAGAUGGUGAAAAAUGGCAUGAUGGAUGCCGUCUGUGUUUUUGUUUAGCUGGCCGUGAAAUGUGUUCUUUAAUAGCAUGUGAUGUACCUAAAUGUGCUAACCCGGUGUUUAGAAUAGGAGAUUGUUGCCCUUCUUGCCCAGUUGAAUUCUUGCCGAGUAUAGGGAAGAAAGAGUCUUGUCAGAGUGUGUCUGGUCAACAUUUUGUUGAAGGUGAAAUCUGGCAGAUGACUGAUUGUACACAGUGUAUCUGUCAUGAUGGUACUAUAUUAUGUGAAUCUGAAUCAUGCCCACCGGUACUGUGUAACCAUCCAGUCAAACCACAAUCACAUUGCUGUGCAGUAUGUCGAGGUCAUAAUGGAGAACCUCGAGUACCAGUAUUAACGUCUAGACCGUGUAAAACAUCUACAGGACUGACACGUAAACAUAGUGAAGUUUGGCAGACGUCACCAUGUCAAAGUUGUACCUGUAAAUAUGGUCAAAUACACUGUUAUUCACAAUCUUGUUCACCUAUAAACUGUAAUCAGACCUUUUUAAGAAAAGGCCAGUGUUGUCCAACAUGUUUGGAAUCAAGCCAAUCUGAAGUUUGUGUUGUUAAUGAUGUAACAUAUAGUUCUGGUGAACAAUGGUUAUCUGAUAAUUGUACAGAAUGUUCCUGUGAUAAUGGUAUAAUAUCAUGUAUCACUCUACCCUGUAAAGCUUUAGCCUGUACUGUCAUGAUUCGUAAACCAGGUCAAUGCUGUCCUACCUGU